AUGCUCGUCGCCGAUAGAGGGGCUGAUGCUCCUCUUGCGAACAGCAGCGUCACAUUCGCUGAUAAUGUUGGAUAUAAGGGUGGUGGCUACGAGACAACUUCGCGCCGCGUGAACAAUCUUGAUGACACCUCACUGGACUUUGAUGAGCAAAAUAAUGACGACGUGGAGCGCAUCGCUCGCCGGCGAUCAAGACUGCUAGAACCCCAUCCCGAAGUUGUCAAUAGUCCAGCACACGAUGCGGCUCGUCGUGUUGUUGCUACGCCGUUCGUUCCUCGGGCUCAGGUUGGUGAGCACUACGGGAAUUGUAUUCGUCUUGCGGCCGAGAAUAAAAUAACCUACAAAAAUGCCUUCGAUCUCCAUCUCAUUGACUUCAUGGGUGAAAUGAUCAAGAAGGAGGAUUUUACAAGCUUUCGGAUGGCUAGCUCGUCCUUGGAUGCGAGUGCAAAAAUCUAUGCAGGUCGCGUGGAUGCGGUACAUCAAGAGACGUAUAAAGUGCUAACAGGGCUUGGACGUUCCGAUUCUAAAACGACAAAGGCGACUGCCGGCUGCGACGGCGAUGAUUCGCGGGCACUUGACGGUGCAAACGAUUCAGUCGACGAACUCGUUAGCGGUGUGGCAAUCAACGAUCGCAGGCGGAGGGAACGGAAGCGCGCCCCAAACGCUAAAUCCGUUAUCAUCACCACGUUGAAUAAAAUUCGCUCUAGGAUUAAGGCCUUUGAGGCUGAUGUGGACCCGUUGUUUCAGCAACAGGCAGCUGCAUACGAUGACGGUGGUACAGUAGAGCUUAGACUGAAUCGUCUAAGAACGUACUCUAAGUAUAGUGAGCUGCUGCAGGACUCGGAUACGCCGCUCUUCAAUCCUCGAGAAGAGGCUUAUUCCCUUUCAUGCUGUACCCAGCCCGUCGAUUUGUACCCUGUCUUUGACUCCCACACACUAGAAGCACCUCUCUGUUUAGCAUUCGAUGAUUUCCACUUCACCAAACACAAUGAUGAGACUAGCACUCACAUAGCUCCCCUCAGUCCAAUAUUUAUGGAAGAUCCACACGAUUCCGUCACCACAACUCCCAUUCCUUUGGCCUCUCCAUCUAUGGACGUCGAUGAUAACGCCGCCAUCCCCGCCCCCGACGCUGAUGGAGAUGACGGUGAGGUGACUUUGAUCAAUAAGGGCAGCGCCAUACCUGAGAAUAUGGAUGGUGUCCGAGCGAUAGACGCUGCAGAAAAGCAGAAUGUUGCAGAGCCGACUGCAGAAGGAGAGUUAUUUGUCUCCAGCCUAAAAUCCAUGUUAACCACGCAUUUGGAGAACUUUGGCCAAGUCAAUGAUGGCGUACUGGGAUUAUGGGCUGGUCCUGAGCACUGGCGCAAGAAGGCCAAACGACGGCGGCUCGAUGAGUUUGGGAAUGUUGCGGCUCAAGUGGAGAACGAGGAGAAUGUGACUAGCGUGGGCAAGAGUGCUCGUUCAAAGUGCGCAAAGAAGCCCAAAAGGAUGACUAUGGAUUACGCAGCCGUCCUCCUUGAUGCUGGUGAAAAUCGCUCCAAAAGUGGGUGCGUAGUGCGCGGCGAUUGGUCCAAACAGCUGGAGGUAUACACCAAAGAGAGUGGCAAGUCUCCAGUCUUGCGGGAGCAAAAUCGCCGUCUUGCAGGCGAGCGCUUCAAUCUCCUCCCACCCUCAAUCGCUGACGCGCGUCAGAACAUCUACGAGCUCUUCAAUCGCGAAGUAAUGCGAAAUUUGGUAGAUAGGAGGACCAAUGAGACGCACGAAAAUGUAACAGCAAAUGCCAUGGCUGAUGGUGGGAUUGUGCCGCCGUGGCUGGACAGUCAGGCAGCUGCAGCCGCAGCUGAAGAAGGAGUGCAUGAUGACGCCGAUGUUGGAGACUUGGUUGAUAUGGUAGCGGACGAUGAUGACGAUGACGUCGCCCCUUAUGACGGCAUUUUCACUCAGGGUCCCGGCGGCUUUAGCGAAAACACGCCUACGGUGGCCCCAUUGGAGGGUGAGGAUGGCGUGAAGUUGGUGGUGCCACCACGUCAAAUCGCUCGCCUUGAGAUCGGAUAUGCGCGUUCAGCAAAACUCAUCAAUGUACGUCAUUUGAAGAGUGUGCUCUGGAGCAUGAUCGAGAGCGAUCUCGCUGCCGCUCCCGUCCUUGCUGCCACUGCAGAAGUAACUAGCCCUCCCCCGAAGAAGAUACGGACGUUUGCAGAGACUGCUACAUCGCCUGCGUCAUCAUCAUCACCAUCACCGUCACCACCAUCGUCAUCAUUCGGCGAUGUCCUCACUGCUCUACCUGCUAAAGUCUCGAAACAGACUGCCGGAGAACUGAGCGUAGCGAUUGGGCUCAAUUGUCUCCUUCAUCUGGCCAACGAAAAGGACCUCUUCUUGGCAGCAGGCGCAGACUACGCAGACCUCUCCAUCUCACAGGGCCUACCAUCGACUGAACUGGACCUCAUCUCCCAACACAAACGAUGCAUGCAUCGUGGUGAUGUAUCGCGAUCCAAGAAACAGCUCUCUUUAGAUUCCUGGCUCGAGGAGAGGGAGGGCGACGAAAACAAUGUCUAG